UACCUAAUUUUGUCAACUACUACUGUAGGCUACUAGGCUAUACAUUAAUACGACUGCCAUUUUACCGGUGUCCUAGAAACCUACUAGAGCGCAGGUCAUGCUCGUAGCGAUGAAGUUCUUAGGCUAAAAAAAAGCGCGGAGUGCGGAAUUGAUUGUGAACAUCAAAACAGCUGUUGCUGCGACCGCACAACUGCAUUAAAGGCUGUUCAUCUGAAAGGCUGCUGUCCUACUACAAUCCCUGAUAAAGGUGCCAAGAAGAUUUCUCACCCCAAAUAACUGACUUAUCGUGAGUCCCUGCAAGGGACAUCUUAGACAAACAUCCACGUUUCCCUCUCCCCCUCUUUGGUUUGGAGUGACCUAUACUGUUGAGGCUAUUGGGAGAGAAAUGGAGUUUAUCAAGGAUCUCUGUGUGGAACAUACAGACUCUGAUGGUGGCCCAUUCAGGCAUCACCUAUGUCAGGCAUGCAAUCUGCAGCUCGGUUCCCCUGCAGAAGCCCUGGUACACUGCAGCAGCAAGUCUCACCUAAAGAGGAUCCAACUGCUCAGUGCCACCCCCAUGCCACUUAACACAGGUAACGCAUGUCAAAAUGCCAUCCUGCCCACAUUGGUACGUCCAUCGCUGCCCACUGUCCAGCCAUCCUUGGACAUGAAGCAGUUCCUCCCAUUUCCCCUGGACACCACCACAGUCAACCUCUUCCCCAACUUCAGUGCGAACAUGGUUGGAAUUUCCCGAACAGAGCAGGGCUCACCCAUUUGCAGCUGGAAGACUGGACUGCCUGGAAGACGGCUGUGCGUGAGUAUGGAUCCAGUUCAAAAGGCUGUUAUAAAUCACACAUUUGGAGUCCCUCCACCACCUAAACGGAAACAUGUUGUGUCUUGCAGUGUGUGCCAGCUAAGAUUUAAUUCACAGAGCCAGGCCUCAGCCCACUACAAAGGAACCAAGCAUGCCAAGAAGCUCAAAGCCCUGGAGGCCCCAAAAUGCAAGCACAAAACUGCUGCGGUCACCAAGGAGACCACAAACAAGGACACCCCAAAGAGCACCUACCCCCCACGAAUCCCCACCAGCACUGACAGAACAGAUAAUGCGGCCGGGGCAGGGACACUACCACUGUCACCUCCAGUCACCGGACCCAGCAUGUCUACAGGGGGGGACAGCGACGACACCUCCACAAAGGAAAUAAAGGAAGUGCCCCCAUACACGCCCGCAGUGCAGCCCACCCCCUCCUCCUCCCCCUCCCCCUCCCCCUCCUCAGAGACAGAGACAGAGACAGAGACGGAGGAGGAGAAGGCCAAGCGCCUGCUCUACUGCUCUCUCUGCAAAGUGGCCGUCAACUCAGCUUCCCAGCUGGAGGCCCACAACAGCGGCACAAAGCACAAGACAAUGCUGGAGGCCCGAAGUGGAAGUGGAACAAUCAAGUCCUUCCCCAGACCUGGGGUCAAGGGGAAGCUGGCUCAGCCCAACAAGUCAGCCACGGGUCUGCAGAACAAAACGUUUCACUGUGAGAUCUGUGACGUGCACGUCAACUCAGAAACACAGCUCAAACAGCACAUUAGCAGCCGGAGACACAAAGACAGAGCGGCAGGGAAACCGCCCAAACCCAAAUACAGCCCUUACAACAAAACCCAAAGAGGACCGAGCGGGCAGCCAGUGAAGAUGGAGGUAAGAAAAGACCUGGGGCCCUCCAUUACAGCCAGGAUGUUACCUAAUCACCUGCAGAUGGCAGUAGCUGCUGCUGCAGCCACAGCGUCCCCUUUCCCUCUCCGCCCAAACCAUGCCACCACGCUUUUUCAGACACAGGCGCUCCCCACGCCAUUGCUUCGCCCCGCCCCUGGGCCUAUCCGGACCUCUCACACUCAAGUCCUGUUUUCCCCCUACUGACCCACUUGUGGAAGGCUCAUGUGCCUGUGGCCUGUAAUUACAUUGGGACCAGUUUCGCCGAACCCCAACCGCAAUCUGUUUAGACUGCAACUGAAAUGGACCGCAAUAUGUCAACUUCUGUCACACCUGUGCUGUUUUCAUCCCUUCUUUACCUGCUGGGCCCAGGAUGACCCAGACAGUUUAUUCAAAUGUACUGCAAUAAUUUAAAGGCAAAAACAGGGAACUAUGCAGUGUUAUUUUGAUAGUAAGCAGUGAGACUGGGCUGUAACUGCUUUAAGGAUCUGAUUAGCUUAGGGAUAUAAUAUCAUGUUUUACCAUUCCUUCUGCUGAAUUCCUUCAGGUGACAAUGAUAAUAGAUCUAAAAUGGUUGAAGAAUCUCAUGUUGCUGUGCUGCUUGCACUAUAAUUGCUCCUCUUCAUGGAUAUCUUCAGAACAGAGGUCAGAAAUAUGUAUUUCAUAGGGCAUUAUCUUUUCUGUGUGUGUAUGUGUGUGCAUCCCUGUUCUGUUUUACAUAACGUGAUAUGAUGUGUGUGUGUGUGUGUGUGUGUGUGAGAGAGAGAGAGAGAGAGAGAGAGUGAGUGUGUUUGCACAAUGUGCAUAGUGACAUUCUUUCCUGUACAUGUAUGACAGAGUGAGGGAGCAAGAGAGAAAUAUGGAGACAGUAAAAGAAAAGGAGUGAGGGAUUUGCUGUGAAGAUGAAACCCAAUUUCCUGAAGCCAUCUGAAACAGUACCCAAUGAUCUUUCCAUUGACCACCACUGAGACUUGAGAUCAGAGGCUUGUCUGUGCCAUCUGUUAAUGUGUUAAAAUGAACACAUUUCAAAUAAAAAGUCUUACUUUGUUAGCA